CUCUGGGGCCCCGCCCGGCUCGCAGAAGCGGCUCCCCGUGGCUCGUGGGGAUGGGGACGGCUGGGCGCCGGCGGGACGCUGCAGGAGCGAGCUACCGGCCGGAGGACGCGGGGGGACGCUGGGAACUCGGGGUGAAGGGACGGGACUCAUUGUUUCGUCAGAUUGGGGGCGGGGAGAGGAGGCCCGGGUCUGAGGAUGGAAGCGAUCCCCGCCGGGAGGGAGAACAAAGCGGUGGCCCGCUCUCUCCCCCGACGCACGAUUUCAUGCACGCGAUCGUCCCAAGCAGAAGCGUGAAAGAGCCUGUGAGCUUGCGUGCUCUUGGAGGAUGGGAAGUGUCCUGGAUGUGUUUUCAAACCUUGGAGCCGCCACCCACCUCUCUCCACCUCCGCUCACCUCCCUCCACCUCCCUCCACCUCCCCUCACCUCCCUCCACCUUCCUCCACCUUUCUCCACCUUCCCCCACCUCCCUCAUCCCAGGGCCUGGAGCUGGAAAGAUUGCUUUUAGGGUGGCCCAGAUCUGCAGUGAUCAGAUCUGGGCUUUGAGGAUCCAGCCUUUUGGCCUUUAGUCAACUGCAUUCAGGCGAGGAGGGGGAGAGAUUUUUACACAUUCUCUGCUUUACCAGUUUUGCAAGAACAUCUGGUCAGAUUGUAAUUGUUCCAGGUUGCAGCUUUAUUAAAGCAAUCGCUCCUUUCUGAUUAGAAA